AAAAAAAUGUGGUACAUAUAUGUAUGUACUUAAUGUAUUUUAAAACGAUUUAAACAAUUCUCAUAUAAAUUUCAUUUAGGAUUUUUUUGUAAGCUAUGGUAUAUGUAACUAAAAUUCAAAGCAGAAAUAUAAAAUAUUGAUCAUUUGUAAAAAUGUGGAGAAAUUUGAGUUAUGCUAUAUUUUUGCUGUCGUGUUUCACAUAUGCAGAACUAAGCGACACAAAAAAUAAUGAGUGGGAUUUUCUAAUAUUCACGCAACACUGGCCGGCGACUAUAUGCAGAAUAUGGAUGGAGAAACCUACGCACUCUUGUAUUAUGCCACACGAGCAGAAUUCAUGGACUAUUCAUGGUAUAUGGCCAAAUAAAAAUCACUCCAUGGGACCAUUUUUCUGUAAUAAGACUUGGUCAUUUGACCCCGAUCAAGUUAAAUCCAUUGAAACAGACUUGGAAGAAUCUUGGGGCAAUAUUGAGAAAGAACAAUCAUUGUACAGUUUAUGGGCCCACGAAUGGACAAAACACGGUACUUGCGCCGCAUCAAUCGAGCCCCUUAACUGCGAGCUGAAAUACUUCACGAAAGGGUUAGAAUGGCUGAAAAAGUAUACCAUGAAAAAUAUUUUGAACAAUGCAGGUAUCACCCCUUCAGACAUGAAAGAGUACAAAGCUAUUGAUUUUCAUAAUGCUGUGAAAACUAAACUUGGAUUUAAACCAAUGGUUGAAUGUCACAAAGUUGACGGUAAACAAUUUUUGUUUGAAAUACGCAUAUGCUUCUCGAAGUCACUUGAAUUGAUUGACUGUGAAGACACACAUAUGACUAAUACGGAUAUUAUUACGAAUUGUAAGCCAACUGAAGGAAUUAUAUAUCCGGUAACUGAGAAACCUCCCAAAAGAUAUUUGAUACAGCUUCAUAGAUUAUUGUCAUGGUUACGUUGGUUCACAGUGUAAAUACUAUUUAUUCACUACAAAGAAGCCUUCAAGCCAAUCUACAGUUAUCCUAGUGAAUCAGGUAAAGCCUCUGAGCCCCCCAUACAUCCCAUAAAAAUUAUAAAUUUCAGUGGCCAUCAUCGUGACCUUAAAUUUUUACAUCAAACAAGGCAAUUAAUCAAAACUUCUAUUUGCGUGUCUCUUAGUGUGCUGCAGUAUUUCUUUUUUCAAUUAACUCAACAACUUGGGUAAAAACACCAUUCAACCCAAUAUUCGUAAUUUAUCUACAUCAUGCAUAAAGUAGCAAGAAUAUCAGCUUCACGUCAGAAAAAGCAUGAUGGUAGUACUUACCCAUACUGACUUGCAAUUACGCCAUACCACCAAUAAAUACGAUUUUGUUUUUUAUUAGUCAUAUUGAUUCAUAGCGGAAGCAGUAGGUAUGAUAGUACACACUUCAAAGUUGUGUGGGAAUUAAAAUGAUUAUAUUAUCUGACACGUGAUUCGAACACAAGCAUAGUCGCUUCGCUUAAAACGACUACACCGUGUCUUUUCCGUUAGGCCACAAUGAUUCUAGUUAAAAAAAAAUUAUUUUAAAUAAAAUGAUGGCACUUAUGCAAGUACUUAAAAACGUUAAAGGCAUAGAACAGUACCUACUUAAUUAAAGUUUACAAAAUUUUAAAGGAUUAAAGUUAAUCAUUAUUGGAGAAGUGCUUAGACAAUUAUUUUUUAUUAGCGGAAUUAUUAAAUAAUUAUAGAAAAAUCAUCAACAUGACAUAUAAACAAUUAAUUAAUCAAUAUUUUUUAAAUUCAUACUUUAUGACUGUCAUAUUUUAUUUUAAUAUUUAAUGAAAUCUGUGAGUACCUAUUCCUAACAACAAUACCUGAUAAUUUUCUAUAAAGCUCUUUUACUUCUUUGAUAUUAAUUCCAAAUCAAGAUUUUUCUAACAAUUUUAAUAAAAUUACUAAAUAUAUAUUUCAUUGAUCUGUGUUUCCUAUUAUUAUUGGAGUCCUAAUUUGGCCUGAAUUAUCUAUUUAUCCUUUGUAUAAAUUUGUACUAAUGUUUGAAUGUUAAACAAACAAUCACAAAUCAUGUUGUACAUUUGUCUUGUAUGUAUAUGAUGGUGGAACCCAUAACUUAAAGAAAUACUAGCUUCGGUAUGAAAAUGAAAUAUAGAACGCAGGAGGUGUUGUUGUUUUAUUUUGUUUUCGUUUUAAAUAUACUGAAACUGAAUAGAUUUGAUAUGAAAUGGUUGGCAUAAAAAAGCGCAGCAUGAUCAUUGAAUGCUAGUCAAAAUUAUAUUAUAAUAUAUAGCAUAACAAGAUUAAUCAAAACAGGAUAUAUUAUUACAUUAAUAUUAUAGCCAACAUUUUCAUAUUUUAUUACAUUAUUAUUACGAUUUGAUUAUUUAAAUAUAUUUUAUAUUUCUUGCACAUAUUCAUUCAAUGUUUACAUGCAAAUCAUUUUACGAUAAGUAUCUGUAAUAUGUAUAUUUUUGAAAUAAAAAUUUUAUAUGCA